GCCCGCCCUCGCCGGCUAUGUGAAGGUGAGCGUCUCCUCCGGCCGUGGUGGCUGGACUGGACUGAACGGCUCCAGGCGCUUGUUGAAAGCUCUCGGCCGAUUCGUGCUCUCUCGCCAUGACGUCUCCUUCAAUCUUUGUGGAGGUUCCGCAAGCCCAGCCGGUCCUUGUCUUUAAGCUCACUGCUGACUUCCGGGAGGAUCCGGACCCCCGCAAGGUCAACCUGGGAGUAGGAGCUUAUCGCACGGAUGAUUGCCAGCCCUGGGUUUUGCCUGUAGUGAGAAAGGUGGAGCAGAAGAUUGCUAAUGACAGUAGCCUAAACCACGAGUACCUGCCGAUCCUGGGCCUAGCAGAGUUCCGGUCCUGUGCUUCCCGCCUCGCCCUUGGGGAUGACAGCCCAGCUCUCCAGGAGAAGCGGGUAGGAGGUGUGCAAUCUUUAGGGGGAACAGGUGCCCUUCGAAUCGGAGCCGAGUUCUUAUCACGAUGGUACAAUGGAACAAACAACAAGAACACACCCGUCUAUGUAUCCUCACCAACCUGGGAGAAUCAUAAUGGCGUGUUUUCUGGUGCUGGAUUUAAGGACAUUCGGUCGUAUCACUAUUGGGAUGCAACGAAGAGAGGACUUGACCUCCAGGGUUUCCUGAAUGAUCUAGAGAAUGCUCCUGAGUUCUCCAUCAUUGUCCUCCAUGCCUGUGCACACAACCCAACUGGGACCGACCCAACUCCAGAGCAGUGGAAGGAGAUUGCCUCUGUCAUGAAGCGCCGGUUUCUGUUCCCCUUCUUUGACUCAGCCUAUCAGGGCUUCGCAUCUGGAGACCUAAACAGAGACGCCUGGGCUGUUCGCUAUUUCGUGUCGGAAGGAUUUGAGCUCUUCUGUGCACAGUCCUUCUCCAAGAACUUCGGGCUCUACAAUGAGAGAGUGGGGAAUCUGACCGUGGUUGCAAAAGAACCUGAUAGUAUCCUGCGGGUCCUUUCCCAGAUGGAGAAGAUUGUGCGAAUUACUUGGUCCAAUCCCCCUGCUCAGGGAGCGCGAAUCGUGGCCUUUACCCUCUCUGACCCUGGGCUCUUUAAGGAAUGGACAGGUAAUGUGAAGACAAUGGCUGACCGGAUUCUGUCCAUGAGAUCUGAACUCAGGGCACGAUUAGAAGCCCUCAAGACCCCUGGAACCUGGAACCACAUCACUGAGCAAAUCGGAAUGUUCAGCUUCACUGGGUUGAACCCCAAGCAAGUUGAAUAUCUGGUCAAUGAAAAGCACAUCUAUCUGCUGCCAAGUGGUCGGAUCAACAUGUGUGGCUUGACCACCAAAAAUCUAGAUUAUGUGGCCACUUCCAUCCAUGAAGCAGUCACCAAAUUCCAGUGAGGAAACAUCACCCAAACCAGCGCCACCAAAGCGGUCCUCUGUCACGUGUGUUCCCUGCCUGUACAAACCUCCUUGUGUAUAUCACAGAUUAGAGACUUGAAGGAUGGCAAAGACUGCUCUGCCUCCGUUUAAACUGGCCCUGUGUGAAAAGAACCUCCCUUGAAAAGAAAUAGGGGCCUGGGAUUAGACCCCUUUUGGAAACCAGAGCAAAUUAAGAUAUUUAUUUAAGAAGAAAAGGGUACUUUGAUCAUGAGACAUAGAUAUCUUGCCCCCUCACUAGAAGCAGGAGUGUUGCCGUGUCGCUCAUGUGCUGCUUCGUGUUGCUUCACUCUGUGCAAAGUCUAGUCCCAAAGAUCGAGUUGUCUGAAGAGCCACGUGUGACUGUGGGUGUUGGCUGUGUCAUUAAAACUCAUCAUGUCGACCCAGA